ACAAAUACAACACAAAUUCAUCGUGAAUAAUUUGCUGUUUUAUCACAAUUUUGAUGAUCUCUUCAACAAUGUGAAUAGCUGUUAUUGUACCAAAUACGUCGAUUUAAAGGUUGGAAUACUGAGAAUGAAUACCAAACAGAUAGAAGCGUUGGAUUUGGCUUUAGCAGGGCACAAUCUUGUUAUUACUGGCCAGGCUGGAACUGGAAAAUCCUUCAUUGUAGGCGAAAUAGUGAAGAACUUAAGAGCUAGUGGGAGGAAAGUGCAGCUGACAUGCACAACUGGUAUAGCUUGUUUAAAUUACAGUAAUAACCUUGACACUCAAACCAUUCACAGAUGGUCUGGAAUGGAUGAUGGGAGAUACUCAUCAAAGGAGACCGUCAGCAUCAUCAAGAACUCGCCAAAUAGUGCACUAACUCUUGAGAGAAUACGGCAAACUGAGGUCCUCAUAAUUGAUGAGAUAUCAAUGCUGAGCCGAAGUAUGUUUGAACAAGUAGCUGAAAUAUGUUCUAUUAAAAACCCGGACUUUUUGUUUGGAGGGAUGCAGGUUAUUGUUGCUGGUAACUUUUAUCAGCUGCCCCCGGUACCAAAUAGGUUAUACAGUGACAAUGGGGAAAUGUGUUUUGAAAGUAGAACAUUUCAGAAAGUUCUCCAACACAAAGUAACACUAGAAGAAAUAGUAAGACAGAAAGAUGCAACUCAGGAGACUAUCUGUGGGAAAUGUGGAUGA